CUCACGUUUUGAUUACUAGCGCGUCGCGUCGAGUUGCAAAUCAACAAAAUCUCAAUGCGUCGCGCCGCACGAGUGCAACGCGUACGCUGCGAUUAAUCAUCAAUUACAAUCGCAAUCGGCGUGUUCGAUUUACUUUUAAAGUCAGCAUUAGUGAUAAAGUGUUUCACCUUCAAGUUAAAAACAUAGUUCAACCGAGUAAACACUUUUCAAACACACAACACUCGAAAAAAGUUUAAAACUUUGCGUGAAACUAGUGCAAUUUCACGGAUUAUUUGAAAACUGUACUUUUAGUACCUGCAAUAAUUCCACUUUCAAUUCAAUUCGUAAAUCCACUGUUACAGAUUAAAGGAAUAAUAAUGGGUGAAUUUCAUCGAUCACCGAGUAAAGUCUGGUGGGCAGAAGAAGCGCUCAGUUUCCGUGCGUUCUCCGAAAGCCCCGGCAGUCAAGAUUCCGGUUUUUCCGACACGGAAACUUCACCCAACAUCCGUCAACAAUUAGAAAAACCUAAAACUCCCGAGAAAAAAAUCCCGCAUGCUUUGGCAAAAAGUGACAAUACAACCCAAAAAACAAAUUUAACAUCGGAAAUCAUCGAAAAAUCAACUCCAUCAAAAAGUAUUCUGCUACAAGGAUUAAUCACACCCGGAAAAGUGUAUUAUCUACCGAAUACACCGAAUAGAAACUUAGAUAAACUCAGAGAUGUGAAAACAGAGCCCAAUCAUCGACUUUAUGUAAAACUACAAGACGGGAAUAAUAAAGUAAGCAGGAAUCUGUUCAGGAGUGUGAAACUGAAUACAAACGAUGAUAAUAACAACCAAAGCAAUGAUGUUGAAGAUGUUCAAGUUGGAAAUCAGUAUGCACCGCAUGUGGAAGUGCAAGUGCAGGAGUUGAAUUCGAAUGCGUGUUUCAACGAAAGCGAAGAGUUUGACUACUCGGACGAGGAAGUCAGUUGUAAUCGAACCCUGCCGAUGGUCAGCAGGAAAGUAGACAAUUAUCCACCGAAUUUAUCAGCGCCAGCAUUUAUCUACCAACAGGAACAAGAUAAAUCAACUUCUUUCGAUAAAAAUCAAGAAAAUGAAGAGAAUAAUGGAAAAAUCUUAGAUUUUGAAGACAGCGAAGGUGAAAUGGAGAGUUAUUUUAAAAUAAAAUCACCUAAACAUACUUCAACACCGAAAUUGAUGCAGAAAUCAUCUGUGCACCGCCUAGGAAGGAUUCACGCACAGAAUUUACUGCAGAAAUACCAACAGGAAGCUGGAAACAAGCCUCAGAAGUUGUCUCUUGAGACAAUCGAAGAAAGAUCCGCUCUGGAUUGUUGGAUUCGCCAACAAAAACAUAAUUAUGAACCGGAAUGUAUGACAACAUUGCAGUGUAAAUCCAUCGCAGCGGAAUUAAACACUCAAGUUAAUAAUCAAGCUGUCAAGACUUCAUCCGUCUUGAGAAACAUCAUCCAAAUCAAUGCAGACAUCGUAGAAUUCUUUGAUUACUACAAAAAUAAUAAAUCUUCACAGAACGAAGCGCCAUCUCGUUUGUUACCUUUGAUUCACGAUUAUCUUGAAUUACUUCAAAACAACACUAAUAAUCAUAAACUAAACAUCAAACAAUUACUGGAAUCAUCUUCGGAUAUCAACAACACACUUAACCUCUCUAAACUUCAUAAGCUGUACAUUGAGUUGCAUAAAUCCGCGCUGAACAAACACGUUGAACUGUUUGUUGAGGCGAUGUCUGAUCCCAAAUGUGAAAUGGAUGUUCGUUGUAGACUCACAGCGCUUACAAGUUUAACUCUACGAAAUGAUGAACUUAUUCCCCUGUUUAUCCAUCAUGGUGCUAUCCAAACAAUUACAGCUAUUAUAGAUAAAUGCGAAGGUUCAUCAGUGCGUGGAUUAGGUCUGCGUGCAUUGACAACACUCUGUAUAAACGCAAACAGCAUUCGAAAAUUAGAAUCAGUGAGUGGUCUUUGUACAAUCUCGGAUGUUAUCUGUGAUCAAUCAAAGCCAGAUCCUGAACGCAUUGAAGCGAUUGCAUUACUUGCACAGAUAACAGCGCCUUGGAUUGAAGACAAUCAUCAUAUACAAGGUCUGCAUCAAUAUAGCAGAAGAAUGGUUAAGUAUCUGACGAGAUAUUUAGAGGACACAAAUUGCUGUCAGAAUAUCUUGCUAGUCACAGCCGCAUUGGCGAAUUUGGUCGCGAUGGAUACCAAAGCAAUUAAAUACUUGUUACAUCAAGGUACAGUUGGUUUAUUGCUGGAUAUUGUUAAACGACACGGUAAUGCAUCGAUUUAUAUCUUGGAACAAGUUGCGACGUUGAUUGCAACAAUGGCGGCUGUUCCGGAAGCCAGGAUGGCGCUUUGUGAUAUCUGCGCGCCAGUGGCGUUGAUUUGCUUUCUGCAAACGCGUUUCGCGGAUGAAAACGUGAUGGUUAGAUUGAGGCAGAGGGCCGUUAUCGGUUUGUCACGCUUGUGUACCGAGAGGGACGCAGCGGAACAAGUUGUUGAAGCGGGUGGAGUUGACAAACUCGUGCAGCUGUGCAAAGAGAAACCGGAAAGAUAUGAUAAUAAUGCUAUUUUGGUUGCGGCACUCGCUACGUUACGUAAAAUAACCGAAAUGUGUGGUGCGAGUGUGAUGACUGAAGAAGACGCGCAGGAACUCAUCGAGCCGAAGCUUUUGGACUCUUUUAAAGCCUACGCGGCUCAAAACGAGAGUUUGGUUUGAUUUUUACUCAAUAUUUCUACUAAUACUGCAGUGUAACAAGAUGGCCGCCUUCAAAACUUGUAUUACUUUGUAUCCAAAGUAAUUUUAAGGUUUUUGCUGUUGUUUUAUGAUAACAACUGCACACAUCUUAUUUAUUUUAUGAAUUUUAUGUCGUGUUAUAUUAUUUUUACUUCUAUUAUUUAUUCUAUGAUGAAAAUACUUUAAUUUCGUUACUAAUUUAUGUAUAUGACGAUGUUUUGUGUGAUUCUGUCAAAAAUGUGCCACCAUUUUGUUUUAAAUAGUUUUAAACUUAAUGGAAUGUAAUUGUAUGUAUAAUUGAAGCCAAAUCUACUUAAUAUUGACUUAGAUUGUGUAAUAAUAUAAUAAACUAUUAAAAUGCA